AUGGGCCAAGCCUACUCUGAAGAUGACUCUUCAGAACCCCAGCAAGAUUGCACGCUUUCCCGCCUUCUCUCAAAAAAAACACUCUCACUUAUUUUACCCCACUCCACGCAGAGAAACUGUGCUGAUUCACGCAAUAGUCACGACAACGAUACUUUUUCCAACAAACGGGUUCAUUUCGAUAGCGCAUUAUACCCGCCCGACAUUACGCCAGCUUUUCAACAAGUCUCUCCAAAAACCUAUGAUUCUAUCGACGAGCAAAAAAAGUAUGAAUUACCAGGUCGCGAAGAACAUAUAGACAGAAUACAAUUGAGGCACGUUUUGUUCAGAUAUGUGUGGCAAGGGAAUUUUUCCUCGCCUUUGGAUGAGGAAUUAAAUCAGGGAAUUCGCGUGUUGGAUAUUGGCUGUGGUAGUGGAUCAUGGGUAUUAGAUAUGUCGGUCCAAUAUCCAAACUCCACCUUCAUCGGUAUCGACAUGUGUUCCGACUACUUUCCGUCCAACAACCCUGCUUCCAGCACAAAUCCUUCCCUGACGAUUCCACCAAACGCCCAUUUCCAAAAGCUCAACGUUCUCGACGGUCUCCCAUUCGACGACGGUGAAUUUGACUUUGUGCAUUUAAGAUUUUUGGUACAAUAUCUAACCGAGUCACAAUGGGCCAUGGCCAUUAGAGAGAUGACUAGGAUUACGCGGUCGAAAGGAUGGAUCGAGAUAAUGGGCCCUAUACCGCAAAAUUACAAAAUUCAAUGGGCCGGUCGUUUGGGUGUUUACACGUUAACCUAUUUCUCAAUGGCAUUUAAUAAUAUGAGUCGAGUAUUACCGGGACACAUGAAUAUUAGUGAGGAUGAGUAUUAUACGAUAUUGGAGAGGUUUCACGGUGAAUGUGAACUGUUUAGGACACUUGCCGAAACGUUCAGAAUUUGCUGUAGGAAAAAAUAG